AUGCAUUCCAUUCUCUUCCUACUGAUAGCAGGCAUCGCUACUCUCACUAGAAGCGUGGCUAUACCAGCUGAGCUCGCAAUUGGCGAUGUUGAUAGUAUGUCGCCCGAAAGGACCUGUCGAUGGACCAACUGCAACGAAUCCUGCCCCGCUGGCUUCAGCGCCGUCCUACGGAAUGGCGGCCGCCGCGGUGAGAUGAUGUGGGAUCAUUCACACUGCCUUAACAAAGGGUCGAUGACAUUUUGCUGCCCAAGCGGUGAAACCCAGGCCAUUUGCACCUGGCGAGGACACAGGAACUCCGGUAAAUGCCAACCUGGCUGCAACAAGGACGAAGUUGAAGUCUGGACAUUGAAGUUCGGGUGCAAGACCGGCCACCAGAGCGCUUGUUGCACAACCGAUACUGCAAGCGUGUCGGCCUACAAUAGUUGUAGGUGGGAGGGAUGCCUGGAUCUAUCCCACUACAAUCCGCCCUACUGCAGCAGAAACUACCCCCAUCUCGUCGCCUUAGCACCAUCAGGGUUUGGAGGGGAAGACAUUUGCUCAAUCGGUCAGAGAAGGUACUGCUGCAAAGGCGACGAAUGGGUUUCUUAUCCUCCUGCAUUUAGUGAGUGCAGUUGGGCGAGGGACCUCCCUGGGCCCCUAGGCCGUUCUCUAUCUUGUAACGCCGCAUGUCCCCCAAAUUAUACUAAGCUUGCGCUACGUCAAUCUGAUUGUGAUGUGGGAGAAGAAGCGUACUGUUGUAAGGGGUUCAAGCCAUCGGAGGCUCUAAAGACGUCACCAAAGGUUCUAGAGUUUGAGGCUGCCCUAAAUUCAUACAUAUCAGCGUACGAUUCCAAGACGUGCCCAUUGGAGGAUAAACCCAGACGUGCCGAUUGGUUAGAAGAGAAUGAGGGCGCGGUUCACGAUUCGGAACCCGAAAUCACCGCCGAAAACGCGGGCGAUAUACCGGAUCUUCCUCCCUGCCUUCUCUGGACACGCGUAGUAUCAGAAAUGCGUGAUAUCAUAAAGCGGCCGGAACUGGAAUGGUCGUUUGAUCAGAAGCAGAUUGCGAAUUCCUGGGAACGCAACGUCCCGACUCGGUGGCCACGCACUUCUGUGGCAGACCUGGCUGCAUUUCUUAGAGAAAAUCCGAUUAGCUCACCAGACACCGUCGUCAAUACCGUGCUCUACAGCUUCGAUGAGUGGGCUGGUGUCCGAGAUGCUUUCAAAAUGGCGAAGACUAAGAUUUGCGUUGAAGUACAAGUAGGCCCAGCAGUUGGGGAGUCCGAUCCUGACACUAGAGAGCUCCCUGAACCGAACGAACCUGCACUGAAUACUUCACACAAUAUUCAGCCUAGAUCCGUAGAUUUAGAUCUAGAUCUCCGCACCGCUAGUGGCUGGCGAGAUAAGUUAAAUUCCGACUCGCCCCAUUACACGCCUUGGCUAGGAAGGAUUUUUCACGGUAUCAGAAUUGGCCGCCUCACUUUACACUACGCACGAUGGGAAUGGUAUCAUGGAAACGGUCGUGGUUUCGCCGCAGGUCCAUUCCUUGAGUUAGCCUAUUGGAUCGGGCAUAAUGCCGGAGAAUGGAAUCCUCAAUUAGACCGUGAUUUUGAGUUGUGGCGAUAUCGCGAUCUUACCACACAACACCGCAACCCCAAUUUGAGGGACAGGUGGGUAGUCUUUCAUCUGCACUUUGACCCCACCCGGGAAAUCUUCUUUGACUUCAAUGGACACACGUUCACGGGAUAUACGGCCGUGGUUGGCGCGUCAACGGGCGAAGCAACCAACAAGCUAGGGGCAACACCGCACGCAAUGUUCUCAUAUGUCCGUGGGACAGUUCAGAGAGGAACAUGCGUGGACGCACUAUUACCAGAAUUUUUAUUGGCGCAAAUCGACACCCGCGCAGUGCCGAUCCUUCUCGCGAUCACGAUGACCCAGAAUCGGAUGGGCUAUAUUACUUUCAUAACAGCCUCUACCGGCAAGGAUGGAACCAACUUUCUCUUACCAGACUACCUAGAGCAAAGCGCUCAUCCGCACAUGGUGAGCUAUCGUUACGAUAUCGGCAUGCCCAAUGCGGCACCUCAACCAUGGGAGGAGGAAUGGCAGAUGAGAGAGUUUGAGCCUCACAUACACCAUCCGCAAAGGCCAGGGGGUGGAAUCUUUGGCAUAGUGGGCGGCGCGAACCUGACCAAUGGAUCAAUAGCCGAUCUCAGCUGA